AUGACUUGCCAUCGUCGUUGUACGUUUGCCUUCGCCACUGCCUGGACACUGGUUGUUAUCGCACUUCUGCUGAUUGAACUCUUUACGCCGUACAUGUAUGUAAAAUCAGACGCUGCACACGGACUUAUGUACAAAUGCACAGCCGGUAAGCAAGCAUUCGUAUAUGUUCUAGUGCAACGUUUAUGACACUGCCUAUAUAUGUCUCUCUUCAUUUCUUAUCUAUACAGAAAUUUUAUCAGAAUUACAUAUUCAUGCAGGGAAAUCUGUAUUUUCUAUUGUAACUACUACGUUUCUGUGCAAAAUGCAUACAAUAUAGUGCAUUGUGCUUUAUCGGCAUGCAUAUAUAUAUAUAGUGUUAUUUGCGUUUUUUGUUGAUUUUAGCCUCAGAUCCUUCUAAUUUGCCAUCUCAGAUAGAAAAAAAUGUGUGCAAACUCAGUUUCACGCCAAAUGCGGGUGGGUUGUGGUCUUCAGAAUUUCUUUUUUACGUCUCAUUAUUAAUGCUUAUUGCGUAAAACUGUGCGCCUGACUUUCACACAUAAAAUUCAGAAAUGUAAGGAGAUGUGUUUUGUCCCUGUUGGUGUCUACUUAAAACGAAAAACUUCCUAUUGUUUUAAUAACACUCCGAUAUAACCGCUGAUGGUAGGAAUCUGCCUGCGCAUAUAAAACAAAUUCAUUUAUCGGUAGUUUUUCAUACUUAAAUGCAGAGAUAUCUUACUUAUUAUGGAAACAACCGGCAACUAACUAGAAGCCAUAAUACACGAUAAGUCGGACCUUAUGUGCAUCCUUUCAGAACCUAGAAACCAUUGACAUGUACAUAAAGGCAGACGUAUAAGUUUCAGAAGUAAAUGGCACACGUCAUAUUGUAUCAUUUGAGAUCAAGUCAUGAAUUUUGCUAUCGAUUCGACAAGCCAAUCAGGGUAAGUAAAUACGCGCUAGGGCUGAACACCUGUUUAUCAAAAGAUGUUCAUACUCAUAAACUGGGCCCGUUAUUUAAAAGACAAAUAGUGGUUAGAAUGUGCAAUAAGAACACGAAGUCUCCUCUCUUAGUUGCCACCAUUCAAAAAGUUCAAACCAUCCGUAAAUGCGAACAUUUCCCGCUAAAGUGCUCCAUCUACUGUCUGGGGAUUUCUAACGGAUAUUUAAUCAUCAGUUUCCAUGUGUCACGAAACAACAGAAAACAAAUCUGGAGCCUACAUGAGUCAAAUGACUAAAGUUAGGGAGUCUCCGAAUGACUGUUCCCUGAACUUAGCCAUUGUUGUUACUUACUUAAAAAGGGCUCCUUGUACCUUUGCGCGGUGGGUUCUUAUAAUGGUGGUUCACUUUUAAUAUUAAUGACAACAAAGUUUGAAACAAACCGAUUUAUCUUUAGGUAAUUUUACCUCUUAAGGAAAUGCACGUGCCAAGACCAGAUGUGAAACGUCCGUGUGAAUAUGUGGAUAAUUUUGCAGUCUAGUUUCCCACUCACCUGUCUGUUGUUUUAAUGAUCCAUAUAGCAACAAUUUGUGCCCUGAUUUCGUUCGCCAUCAUCACAAUCUUCCUUAUAUACUCCACUGUUGUGUGGUUCAAACUCUGCUGCAUCGCAGAAAGUUGGCCAAUGUUUUUCAUCAUCCUCGUCAGGGUCGGUAUAGCACUUAACAUUUUGGCGCGUGAGUUGAGAGUUUUAAUUCCCCAUGUUUCUACGUAA